AUGAAGAUCCAUCCGGAAUAUCGUCACUCUGCACUCGUCGCCAAUGGCAAUAGGACGCGGACACCACCAGGCACAGAUCUCUUCCUACACGCCAUGACUAGGCUUCACGAAUUCGUCCUGUUUGACACAUCUUGCAACCCAAUAGAACUAGCCGAGGUGCUUUGCUGUGCUUCUCUUUAUUUCCACUGCGUCGACUUCCGGUCUGCCUCUUACAGGAUGAUUGGCCAGGCCAUCCGUGUGGCUCUUGGCGAUGGAAUGCAUACAAAGAUUCACAGCCAAGAUAUGGACAGCACACGUUCCGAGAGGUGCCACCGUGUCUGGUGGACAAUAUACGUUCUAGAUCGUCAGAUGUCUUCUCUCAUGGGUGUGCCGAUGGGCAUCCCUGAGGAGCAAAUCGAAGCCGGCUUGCCCACAUUUCCCGGUCAACCCCAAAAGUCAAUGGGCUUGGAGAUUCAGAUCAAACUUUCCAAAGUUCUUGCACAGAUCUUAAACACCGUAUAUGGCGCAGAGGGACGUCUGGACAAGUGCUUCCUUGCAACCAUGAAGGAUGCUUUGAAGAACAUUGCUAGUGUCACAGAUCAACUCAAUGAUUCCUUCGGGAUCGCUAGGAAUGGACUGAGAGGAGGUGUUUGCAGAUUGUCAUCUUCUCUUCAUGUUCUUCACCAUCAGUGUAUUGUUAUUGCCGCAAGACCGCUUCUUUACACCUUUCUACAAGCCAGACUUGGUCAGUCAGACUUAUCGCUGGCCCAUGUCCAUUGUUCCGGUAGCAUUAGGAGCCUUAUCUUCAUGUGUAUCGAGUCAGCACAGCAAAUACUGAUCAUACUCACCGACCUACAACGCGAGAACCUCUUAGUAUCAUUUCGGCUUGCUAACGGUGCGAGUAAAGAAUCAUUUCUACGGUUUGACCUAGACGCUAUUUUUGCAGCAUCAGUGGCUCUCGUCGUGGCUACGGCAAUUGACGCGGCGUUGGUGAAGGACCAACAGUUGUGGUCAGAAACAUCUCACAGCCUAUUGGGACACAUGGUAGACAGGGGGAAUAUGCUGGCAGUCCAAUUCAAAGCCGAAAUUGACAUAUUGGAAGAUAUGUGUAGUCGUUUGCGGGUUAAUUGGGGAGUUCAAGACCAUUGCCAAUCUCCAUCAUCAGAAACAAGGGCCAGAACCCGCAACGACGAAUCGGAGUCCCUUAUGUUUGGUACCUCGGCAUUCGACCCUCUCGAU